GGCGGCGGCAGCGGCGGCUCCUCGGCUUCAGCCCCGGCGCCCCCCGGCGCCCCUCGGCCCCGGUCGGCAGGCCGCCCGCCCUCGCCGCCCCGGCGCCGGCUAGGCCGCGGCCGCAGCCCCGGGCUCGCGUCGGCGCCGCCCGCUCCCGGCCCGCCCCCUAUGGGCCCCGGCUGAGGCGCCGCCGCCGGCCCGCGGAGCCCCGAUGCUGGCCCGGAGGAAGCCGGUGCUGCCGGCGCUCAACAUCAGCCCCGCCAUCGCCGAGGGCCCGUCCCCCACCAGCGAGGGCGCCUCCGAGGCGAACUUGGUGGACCUCCAGAAGAAGCUCGAGGAGCUAGAACUCGACGAGCAGCAGAAGAAGCGGCUGGAAGCCUUCCUCACCCAGAAGGCCAAGGUCGGGGAGCUCAAGGACGAUGACUUCGAGAGGAUCUCGGAGCUGGGAGCCGGGAACGGCGGGGUGGUCACCAAGGUCCAGCACAGACCUUCGGGCCUCAUCAUGGCCAGAAAGCUGAUCCACCUGGAGAUCAAGCCGGCCAUCCGGAACCAGAUCAUCCGCGAGCUGCAGGUGCUGCACGAGUGUAACUCGCCGUACAUCGUGGGCUUCUACGGGGCCUUCUACAGCGACGGCGAGAUCAGCAUCUGCAUGGAGCACAUGGAUGGCGGCUCCCUGGACCAGGUGUUGAAAGAAGCCAGGAGAAUCCCCGAGGAGAUCCUAGGGAAGGUCAGCAUCGCGGUUCUCCGGGGCUUGGCCUACCUCCGGGAGAAGCACCAGAUCAUGCACCGAGACGUGAAGCCGUCCAACAUCCUCGUCAACUCCCGGGGCGAGAUCAAGCUGUGCGACUUCGGGGUGAGCGGGCAGCUCAUCGACUCCAUGGCCAACUCCUUCGUGGGCACCCGCUCCUACAUGUCUCCCGAGCGCCUGCAGGGCACCCACUACUCGGUGCAGUCGGACAUCUGGAGUAUGGGCCUGUCCCUGGUGGAGCUCUCCAUCGGGAGGUACCCCAUCCCCCCGCCGGACGCCAAGGAGCUGGAGGCCAUCUUUGGCCGGCCCGUGGUCGAUGGGGCAGAGGGAGAUCCGCACAACGUCUCGCCGCGGCCCAGACCCCCCGGGCGCCCCAUCAGCGGUCACGGGAUGGACAGCCGGCCCGCAAUGGCCAUCUUCGAGUUGCUGGACUACAUCGUGAACGAGCCUCCUCCCAAGCUGCCUCACGGCGCUUUCACACAGGACUUCCAGGAGUUUGUAAAUAAAUGCCUCAUUAAGAACCCAGCAGAGCGCGCGGACCUGAAGAUGCUCAUGAACCACGCCUUCAUCAAGCGCGCCGAGGUGGAAGAGGUGGAUUUCGCCGGCUGGUUGUGUAAAACGCUGCGGCUGCGGCAGCCCAGCACGCCCACGCGCACCGCCGUGUGACGCGGCCCUGUCCCCGCCCUCCCGCCGCCUCCCCACGGCGAGCCUCGCGCUUC